AUGGAAGCAUAUAAGGAAAGGUUGGGGGUAUUUUCUAGUAACACCGGGCUGUGUAUGGGGAAUGGCCAAAGGAUCAAUUUUUGGCAUGAUGUGUGGGUGGGUGAUACUGCUCUUAAGGCUGUUUACCCCACUAUUUUCAGCAUUGCAAGGGAAAAAGAUGCAAUGGUGGCUGACUUGUGGGGUACUACACAUGAUGCCCAAGCGUGGAACAUCAAUCUCACUAGGGAGGCUCAUGAUUGGGAAGUGGGUAUGCUAGUGGAUUUUUUUAACCUGCUCCAUAAUAUCUCCCUUGCUGUUACAACUGAAGAUACGUUGGUUUGGAGACCUUCUCGGAAAGGGAAAUUCUCGAUAGGUUCUUUUUAUGAGACACUUACAGCCCAACCUUCGUCCAACUUUUCGUUGAAGAGCAUAUGGAGGAAUAAAGCACUUCCCAAAGCUGCGUUCUUUGUUUGGAUAGCAGCCUUUGAGAAGGUCCUAACCAUUGAUAACUUAAGAAGGCGUGGUCUGAUAAUUGUGGAUCGGUGCUGUUUGUGCAAAAACAGUGGGGAAAUAGUGGACCAUUUACUCCUACAUUGUGACUUUGCCCGAGAUGCAUGGAAUCAUUUGUUUAGCAGAAUGGGGCUAGCAUGGACAAUGCUGAGAAUGGUAGUUGAACUACUGGCAAGUUGGAGAGGAAUCUCAGGGACAACACAGAUUGCAGCGAUGUGGAAGAUGAUCCCCAUUUAUUCUGAAAUUUUGAAAAGGCCUAUAGGGGGAGGUGGUUCAAACUCUGACCACUCCUAG